UCUCUCUUUCCUCUCUUCUUUUGCCUCUCCAUUCCUUCCUUUAUUGACCCUAGUAUAUAUAUUCUCCGUGUAUAUAAUAUAUGUCCCAUCUGUCUAUCUAGAUAACCCUGUCGAUCCUUUCCAAGGCCACGUUUGAAAUGCCGUUUGCGGUCCACUGAUGUUACGCAAUCUCCCCUUUCCGCAUCAUUGAAAUAAAUCCUGACAUUCAAGACACAAUUGCGCAUCGACCACAUUCUUCAGUCCCCAUCAUGUCGUUCAACGACAAGGAUCCUCGAUCCUCGCCGGCGAUCGACACUAUUCCUCUGAAUGAUCUAGAGUCCGGUGCUAAUCGCGACUCCCAAGAAUCAACAAAAUGGACGAACAUCACCGAUUUCACCUCGUCGCACAUCCUCCCCGACCCCGCAAGCGCCAUCAAUUGGCGGGCGUGUCUGGAAUGGUCUUUGGAUAAAUUCGCGAUCGCCAUUACGCCGAGUUACUUGCAGCAUUGGGUCAGCGGCCAACCGCCCAAGCCCACCAAGCUCCAUGCCAUCGCAGCGCUGGACGGUUUGCGCGGCUGGGCCUGCCUGCUUGUCUUCAACUUUCAUUUCCUCUUCACUUACACCUGGAAAGUUGCGGUCGGAUGGGGCUUCAAUCAUGAAAACUACAGCCUCUUCCAGCUGCCCAUUCUCCACAUGCUCGUGUCCGGCCAUAUCAUGGUAUCCAUCUUCUUCGUGAUCUCGGGAUAUGUACUCUCCUACAAGCCGUUGAAAAUGAUCCGUAGUAGAGCAUGGGAACAGACCUUCACCGUGCUAGCCUCCUCAACAUUCCGCCGUGGCCUCCGACUCUACAUCCCCUCGAUCAUCGGCAUCCUAAUCGUCAUGCUGGCCGUGCGAUUAGGUAUAUACGACUACUCGCAGCGGGUCCUGUUCGAAGGCCACACGAUCCAGGGCACCAAUGAGCAGCACCCACCGAUCAUGAAAAGCUUCCACAAACAGUUCUGGGACUGGUACCUAACUGUAGUGCACCUGAUAGACCCGUGGAACUGGGCGCUCUACUACAACUACUACAACCCGCACCUCUGGACCAUCCCCGUGGAAUUCCGCUGCUCAAUCGUCCUCUUCCUUACCAUCCUCGCCACUUCACGCCUAACCACCGUGAUGCGGAUGACCCUAGUGAGCACGCUAGUCUGGUUCUGUAUGCGCUGGGGUCGGUGGGACGUAGUGCUCUUCCUAAGCGGCAUGCUAAUGGCCGAAGCGGACCUAAUCAACGGCAUCUGGGAGCGACCAGCCGAGGAUGAAAAGCCAUGGAGCGCCCGGUUCCCCACGAAAUACCACCCCUUCCGACUAUCCAAUCGCAAGCUAUGGAUCGCGCUCUUCAUCAUCGGCCUCUACUUCGGCUCCGCCCCUAACACCGGCUACAGAUGGACCCCGUUCUACAUGUGGACCUGGAGCAUCACGCCGAAAACGUACCCGGAACCGCACCGAUUCCCGCAAACCAUCGGAGCCGUCCUCAUUGUCUUCAGUAUCAACCAUUCCAAGGAUAUUCAGAAACUCUUCACGAAUCCCGUUUCCCAGUACUUGGGCAAGAUCUCCUUCGCUUUCUACAUUGUCCAUGGACCUAUCCUUCACUCGCUCGGUUACUCGCUCAUGCCGAAUAUCUGGGCCGUGACCGGUAAGGACUCCGACUUCCAGUAUUGUCUGGGUUUCUUGAUCGGGUGGCUGAUCUGUCUUCCUCUAUGCUUGUGGGCGGGCGAUGUGUACUGGCGCGCGGUGGAUAUUCCGAGUGUCAAGUUUGCCCGGUGGGUGGAGGAUAAGGUCAUUGUAAAGGCGACAGGACAGGAAAAUCGGAAUGCAAACUCCCGUCGUGAGUGAUGCCUUGCCCGGUUGAUGGUGUGCCCUAGGCAUGUUUUAUUUCAUUAGAUCUCGAUUUUAGCGGGCGUAUGACGAUGUUGUAUAUUUUUAUCUGUCUCUGAUGACUUAUUAUAUGUUUGAUUCUUCGAUCCCCUGUUAUAUAUCAUGUUAUCUGCCUGUAAUAGACUAGACACGGUAAUUACAUAUACUUCCCCCCCCUUUGAUUUACUUGUCUGCAGGGCU